AUGGUAAGGGCAGCAUCAGAUAUCGACCAAAAUGAUCAAGGGCUUCUCCGAAGGACAAGUUCUGAUGUGUCUGUCGAAAUCAUAGGCAAUCUUAAGAGGGAAUUGGGAAUCUUUAGCAGCAGCAAGAAUAAUAAUCUUAGCACGAUUGAUGAGGUGAAGCAAGCAGAAUGUGAAUGCUGUGGGAUGAAAGAGGAAUGCACGCAGGCCUACAUAGCCAAAGUUGAGGAUUCCUUCUCAGGAAAAUGGGUUUGUGGGCUCUGUUCUGAAGCUGUGAAAGAAAGAAUGAAAAGAUCAGCUCAGAAAUCGAUUGCCAUUGAAGAAGCUGUGAGCUCUCACAGGGAUGUAUGCCAGAAAUUUAACAAUACCAGACUAAAUCCCAAGCUAUCCUUAACAUUUGCAAUGAGGGACAUAGCGAAACGAAGCGAGGAGAGCAGAAUUUCCAGGAACUCGUCAUGCACGCCCAAGCUUACACGAAGAAGUAGCUGUGUUCCAAGGAUUAAGUAA